AAAAGACAGCUGAAAAUUUUUGAAAGUAAAAAGUUGUUUAGAAUUGAUUUUAACGAAUUUUUGUGUCUUAAAGUACGUAUUUUUAGAUAUAAUUGGGUAAUAACAGAAGUAAAAGUAUCAACCAGUAUCAACAUCAACGUGAUUAAAUUUACAUGUUCAAUAUAUCGGGGGUUCAGUGAAUAGUAAACAACAAAUUAGUGAGUGCACUACCCACAUAACCUGAAACUCGAGUCUACAGUUGGUUUCUGGCGUAAAUCUCGAGCUAUCAGUCGGCUACAUAGGUUACUUGAUUUAUUACGCUCGUAAUUGGUGGUUGUUCCUUGAUAUCUGAUAAAAACGCUGCGUUAGUUAAUUAUGCGAGGAUUAACAGCAUUACGGACAUUUUGGCUUUCAUUUAUCCGAAGAUACAAACGUCUGCCAUGCCUGUGGAACACCAAGCAUCCUUUAUAUAGGGAUGGCAAAGCAAGACAACAAGCUAUACAAGAACUUAUAGAUCUGUGUCGUUCAUUAAAUCCGAAAGCUAACCGGAAAACGGUUCUAGGACGUUGCCGCUCUUUUCAUCAAUACUACAAAAGGGACAAAAUGUUAUCUAAAAUACAUGGGGAUUGCCACAAACCAAAUUGGGCUUAUCCUUAUUUGAAGUUUUUAUCUAGACAUGUGGAUGAUCCAGAUCAAUUUAAAAAUACUAGAGUAAAUUAUGUGAAACGGCGAAAACGAUCACAUAAACGUCACCAUAAAAAACUCCACAUGAAGAAAGAAACUGAAGCCUAUAUUAAGCCAAAAGAAGAACUGGAAACUAGUGAGACAAUUGAAGAUGCUGAGAGUAUUAAGACAAAUGAUGAACAUGAAACAUAUAUAGAUACACAUAUGGAUAUGAUUGAGCCUGAAAUACAUAUUGAGGAGAAUAGUCUUUUAACACGCAUUAAAAUAGAGCCUGGGCUAAAUGAUAGUUUAACUGCAACCACAAUUGCAAAUCAUGACCUAAGAAAUGAUUUUAGUAUUACAUUAAUGGAUCCUGCUGAUGUACCCAAUGCCAUUGAAUCACCAAGUCCUUCCUCACCUACCGAUGGUACACAGGAUUUCACAAUGUCACCCAGGAGUAGCUCACAUGAUUAUUACUUUCCAGUUGAAGAUGAUGAAUCAAUGACGCUGGCAAGGGGUUAUGCCACAAAACUACGAAAAUUGACAAGAGAACAACUAAUUUUUGCUGAUAAACUUAUCAAUGAAACAUUAUUUAACGCGCAACUGCAACUUUUGACUAGAACUUGUGUGAUUGCUGUGUCGGAUAAUACCCAAGACGUGUAUGAUGUAGUUGAAUCUUCAUGCAAUGACAAAAUCUCAGAGAUUGAGAUUGAGACAGAAAACUGAAGGGGCAAUUAAGUACUAACAUGUUAUUUAUAAGUACAAGUUUAAUAUUUUA